AACACCCUCAGCGCAGACCUCGAGGAAGGGGGCUGAGCCUUGCAGAUUGCUACGAGAAGCUGGAGUGCGAAGGGGGAGGAGAAGAACAGGGACUCAUAACACUGGGGUUGAGCUUCCACGACUCAGAACAUUACUCUCAAUUCAAGUCUCCAUCUGGGAAACGAGCGAGAGAACGAACUUUCAUUCAUUCAGACUCAAUUAAACAAAACAAGGCUGUUAGUAAACUCUGGAAACUACUGCCUCGCGUUGAUUUUUCUCCUACAACUUCGUGAAGACCAGUGGUUUAGAGAUUAUCUACCUUUUUCUAUCAACAUUGAUGACUUCUUCAGACAACGCUUCGUUGCUCUGUUGAUUCCAACUCUCUAAUACGUUCUCCUUCGGAUAGUUGGGAAUUUGUUCACCCAACUUAAUGACACUACUCUGUUGACAAGAGUAUUUAGGACAAAUAACUGACUGAUCAUCCAUCCUUUUGCCGCGUUUUGUGUGGACUGGGAUUUAAACGCAAGAAGAGGACUGGUUCUCCAAUGCAAAAUUACAUGUAUGAGAAGGCAAUGGCACAAGAGACAAGAAACGGCGGCACAUCCACAUUAAAUAACAACAACGGAGUCGACAACAGCAAGAGGAAACUUUUAAUACUGUUAGACAUAAUCUGCCUUCUGUUAGUGAUGCUGCCCACCCUCGUGCUGCACAAGACGUCGGCCGUGCCGCCGUACAAGCGCGGCUUCUACUGCUCGGACGACAGCAUCCGCUACGCGUUCAAAAGCAGCACGGUGCCCUCCUCCGUCCUGGUGGCGGUCGGGCUCCUGGUGCCCACUGUCUCCAUCAUCAUCGGCGAGUGCUACCGCAUCUACUACCUGAACGAGGGCUCCAAGUCCUUCAUCGGGAACCCCUACGUCUCCGCGCUCUACAAGCAGGUGGGGGUGUUCAUCUUCGGCUGCGCCGUUAGCCAGUCGUUCACGGACAUCGCCAAGGUGUCGGUGGGCCGCAUGAGGCCCCACUUCCUGGCGGUGUGCAAGCCCAACUACACGCUGAUUGACUGCUCGCUGGGGUACAUCACGGAUUACGAGUGCACGGGGAUCGAGAGCAAAGUACAGGAGGCCAGGAAAUCAUUCUUCUCAGGCCACGCCUCAUUUUCAAUGUUUACGAUGCUCUACCUGGCAUUCUACCUGCAGUCUCGUUUCACGUGGCGCGGCGCUCGUCUGCUGCGGCCGCUGCUGCAGUUCACGCUGCUCAUGAUGGCCUUCUACACCGGCCUGUCCCGCGUCUCCGACCACAAGCACCACCCCACCGACGUGCUGGCCGGCUUCAUCCAGGGGGCCGUGGUGGCUUACUGCAUAGUCUUCUACGUGUCUGACCUCUUCAAGCCCAAAGCGAAGGCCGCAACCCCACCGCCCUCCCCCAUCAAGAAGGAGCUGUUGCCGUCGGCGGACAUCAUAGAACGGAACAACCACCACAACAUGGUGUGAGGGAGGAAGGGGGAUAUGGAGCCCCCACCCGAAAACCCACCCCACCUGAACAGCCACCUGUGACGUGAUGAGCAGCCUCCACCCCGACCCCCACCCCCCGCACCCCCACCCUCCCCCACGAGCCGCUCAUUCUUCACACUUGACAGUAGAAUGUAGGGACGAGAGACAGAGACUUUUACUUUGACAUCGAGAACUCUUGUAUUAUAAUUAUUGUUAUUGUUAUUUGCAAUUUUUUACAUUUGAGCCCGUUAUUACUGAAAGAAUGAAAGCAACACAAAAAAUAACGAAGAGAAUAUCAAACAAAAAAAGCUAAACAAGACAAAUGAAUGAAAUGAAAUUACAUGAAUUUGAAGCGUGAACUGAAGGAAGGAGAAAUCCCCCCCUUAAAAGUGUGGAAUGUACUUUGAGGAACGGAUUCUUGAGUCAUGACUGCACAAGAAAGGGGGGAAUGGCUGAUAAAGAAGAAAAAUCUGAAUAGAUGGAUGGGUGGAUGGAUGGAUGGAUGAAUGAAAGAUAAAAACUAUGGAGAGUGAGGCUGUCCAUCUGGUCUCAGCCUCCUUCGGGGGCUCGACCCGAUUAACUUCUCUCACCUCUCCUCCAAGGCCUUUCAGUCAGUAUAGGACAACAAAUUCCUUCGCUCUAGGAAUGAUACUUUUUCCUGCAAUGUAACUAGCACAAAUAUAUUAACAAUAUAAAGAAAAGUAACUUAUAGCACUAUAUCCAAGUUUAUUGUCAAAAAUGUCACCACUCGCUACCCAGAAGGGUAGCCACACGAACGCUUGAUGAGAACGAUGAAUGAAAAGGACGCCCCUGAGGCAGGAGGCGUUCCCUCCACAGUGAACUCGCACACUGCCGCUGUCUCCUCACGGUGCAGGAGACCUGCCAACCAACGACGAUAAAUGACAAUUUAUCCCAUUGUAAGGAUACUCAUUUUAGCGAUUCAACUUUUAUCAGGCUGAAGAGAGCUACUCAGAUAGAGAUAGUUGCCCAGAUUUAAGGGACGAUGCAUUUUUUAAAAU